UGAUUGGCUAACCGAAACGAUUGCAUCAGGUUUCUAAAUUUAGAUAGCUCCUCCGACAUUUUACCAGUUUGUGUAGAAGAAGACGAAGAAAUGGAGUAAUUAGACUAUCUACCGUAGGUCAGACGUUUUCAAGCAGUGCUUGUUAAGCACAGGUUGUGCCCUCCAUUACAGUCCGUAUAGUAUCCACCUCUGCUCGUAGAACAGCAAACCCACACUCGCAACAAUGGCUCCAAAACGUACAAUGCUUAACUCAUCAGACAUGGAGGGCACGGAUGAGGAGGAAUAUGAGGCCAAGCGGUCGAGGAAGAGCGAAAAAAGGGCACCGGAAGAGUACCGCAAGCGACGUGACCGCAACAACGUCGCUGUGAGGAAGAGCCGUGACAAGAGCAGGUUCAAGGCCAAAGAGACGAUGGAGAAAGUGUCCCGUCUGAGAAACGAAAACGAGCAGCUGGAACAGAAAGUAAAGAUUCUCACUAAGGAGCUGAGCGUUCUUAAAGAUCUUUUCCUGGCACAUGCGGGUACAGUCGCCGAAGGAAACUGCAACGUAGCUAGCAACCACGCUGUUCAAAACGAUCACAAGUAUUCAAUGGACGUGAAGCAAGAAUAAGAUGGACACACCUAUUCCAUGAAUAUGGGAGCUCCCACAGUACUAGAUCACUAUCGUGGGAGAGUCCAUUGUGAAGAAUUCAGGGUGUAGUUUUGGUUGAAUGUGUAAAUAUGACUGAAUGACUCGGGCGGAGAACUGUUUUCUGAUAUUCUUCUACUAGUAUUUGUACACUGUGUC